GGCCUUCUGGAGGCAACAGACCAGCCCCUAGGCAGCGGAAGUGGUAUGCCCUCUAUCAGAAGAUUGAGAAUUGCCCCAUGCAGGUCCGUGGACAGUCCACUCUGUUUGGAGGGUCAGUGGCCUGUAACUGUGGCUUUCACGGUGCUAAGCAGCCCACCACUCAGCCUCCUGCCGCUGCCUCACAGUCUGCUGCUGUGGCCCCUGGUGCAACGGCUGCUGUGCCACCGUCACAGUCUGCUGCUGUGGUCUCGGACCCUGGUGCAACGGCUGGUGCAACGGCUGGGAGCUACAGCUAUUAGACAAGAUGGUUGAAGCCAACCUAAUUAACAUCUAUAUAGUCAUACCUGGCCAUCUCCCUUUGGUCAAGCGCACUCCUUACACUGACCUCCAGACAUACCUUUAUUUAUUGUUGUGUAGGUUAUGCUUAGUGUAGCCUUUAUUUAUGCCAUACAUUAAUAAUGUGUUGUGUAGGUUAUGCUUAGUGUAGCCUUUAUGUAUGCCAUACAUUACUACAUUAUUGUUGUCUUCUAAACAGGAUGCACCUGGAGGAGUUCAGCUGGCCACUGCGGGGGCUGCAGCUUCGGUGUGGUUGCCAGCAGAGAUGUAUAAAAACAUCCCUGUCCAAGACCAGAGGUGGAUUUCAAACGCCAUCUUCCACUCUGGCAAACUGCGGCAAGACCUGAAGCUGUGGUACGAGCCCCCUGCCCCAGCCCUCAUCUACCACCAGACACCGACACCAGACCGCUUCUUAAACCACAGGCUGAUGGUGUGGAUGCCCUACCACCUGUGGAAGGUGAGGGUAACCUGCCCUGAGUGUGGGAAGCAGCUGACGGGGUACGGUGUCCACAAGAGGGCUCGGAAGGUCCUGGACAUCGACAGGUAUUACCUGAUGGUGACAGAGACACUCGGGUGCACUGUGUGUUCUGUGAACUACCUGUCCACCUCCGAGACUGUCCGGAAUCAGCUGGACCUGCCGCACCAGAAAAUGUUCCGGAUGAUCCUGACCCGCCAGUACGCCUGUGACAUCCGUGUCAUUCGCCUGCUGCGUGACCGGACUCUCGGGAACAGUCCAGCACGUCUGGUGAAGCAGCUGAAGGAGAACCAUGGGGAGGAAUGGCUGAACAGGUUGGCACACUAUCUUGGGGAGUGUGCUGAGUUUGUUGGCCGGCCAAGCCUCUUCCCAGUGGUGUGCCAGGAUCCCCCAGAGCCCAUUGAUGUGCCCACCAGUCGCUGGCUGCUGACGGUCUAUGGCAGGGACAUCCUCUCUCGCCUGGACCAUAUUAAAGCCAGCAUCACAUCAACGUUUGGCUCCAUCUUAAAGAUGGACUCAACCAAACAGAUCACAAAGAAGCUGGCUGGCCAUGCCAAGGGGACUGGUCUCUGGGUCACCUCCAUUGGGAACGAGGUUGGCCAGAUCGUGACCAGUGUGGUGACAGUGCAGGAGGGGCCAGGACUGGACAGGAUGGUGGCAGGAGUGAUGGAGCGGUACCGCCUUGCAGCUGUCGCACCCCCACUGCUGCUGUAUGUGGACUGUAACUGCUGCAUCAGUGAGGGGUCCACCACGCUGCAGAACAGGUUUGGGGAGUGGCCAGACCUCCAAAUACGGCUGGACAUCUGGCACUUCAUGCGGAGGCUGGCUGUGUACCACCGACGCCCAUCCCCUCUACCCCACCUUCAUGAGCUACCUCUCUGCCUGCAUUUUUGAGUGGGAUGCAGGGGACCUCUCUCUGUUGCAUCAGGCAAAGAGAGAGCAGCUCAGGCAGGAAGGUGUGCCAGCCAUUACUGAUGCUGCGGUGGAUGCCAGGAUCAGUAAGAGGGAGCUGAGCCAGUACUGCCGCAGGAGGACGCGCGGCGUGGAGGCCACCAUCAGCCUCAUUGGGCGGCUGCUGCAGCAACUGGGCGGGACCAAUGGGAAUGACCUGAUGGGGGUGCCACUGCUGGACCAGGUGCGC